ACGACCACCUCUGCGGCGAACGUGAACGGAGGCGUUCGCGACUUCGGCCGAGGACGACGAGGCGGCGGCCGACUGUGUUCCGCUCGAGGAGCGCCUCCAGCGGCUGCAGGAGGACAAGCGGCAGCUCGCGCAGCACAACAUGAACCUGCAGAAGGAGCUGGACGAGCUCAGGGCCGCCCAGGAGAAGCAGAAGCUCUGCGCCAUGGAAGAGCACGAGAGGAUGCAAGCGGAACUCAGCAGCGCCAGGGACGCCCUGUCGGCUCUGAAGCAAGACCGCAAGCGGCUGAAGGCGGAGAAGUUCGACCUGCUGAACCAGAUGAAGCAGCUCUACGGCACGCUGGAGGACAAGGAGAAGGAACUGCGGGACUUCAUACGAAACUACGAGCAGCGCAUGCACGACAGCGACCACAGCCUCAAGCAGCUGGCGCAGGAGCGGGAGGAAUGUGACCGCGAGCGCUGGAACCUGCUGAAGCACGCUCGCGACGAGGCCGAGCGCAGCGUGGCCCUGCGAGCACAGCUGGGCAUCAAGGAGGCUCAGGUCAAGCAGCUCCAGGAACAACUGCAGCAGGUUCAGGAAAAGCUGACGUACCUGUCAGACGUGGAGAGCCUGCAGGGCGUCGCUGGAAGCAGCAAUGGCUUCCAGCAAGGCACGCUGUCUCGACGAAGCUGCCGCAGUCCUGCUCUUGGAAGCGAGCCACCCGUGGUCACCCUGGGAUACGACUCCAGCCCCAGCCACCACGCGGCGAGCAGCGGUGCCAUGGACAGCCCCAAGAAGUCUCCGGUGUCGGCGGCUUCGGCUUCCGCGCUGCCGGGCCUCUCGCGAUCGGCCGAGGAGAUUUACCAGAGCAGCGGCUCGUCGGACACGAGCACGCCCCGGGGCGCCCCUGGAAAGCCCAAGAAGCGCCGAGACGGCCGCUCACCCUGGGGUUCCAUCUCCAGGGUGUUCCUCAGGGCGCGCCAGAGGAAAGCGCUCGAGCCGGCGCUCUACGGCACCACGACGGGCCCGGAGUCCUCGCCUCAGCACCACAGCCACCACCUGCAGCUCCAGCAGCAGCGGCAGCGGUGCUCGUGGUCUCCACAGGGCGGCGCCGGUCCCAGCCUGGGCGGUCCUCCACUACUGACACAAGAGGAGGCGGCCGAGAAGCUCCGCCUUCUGGAAGAGGCCCAGGGGACGCCCAUGGAGCGCUGGAAGGCACCCACGGUGCUCGCCUGGCUGGAGCUGGCGCUCGCCAUGCCUCAGUACGGGCCCAUGUGUGCCGAGAACGUCAAGAGCGGCAAGAUUUUGCUGGAGCUUUCCGACGCCGAGCUUGAAGCCGGGCUGGGCAUCACUAACGUCAUGCACAGGAGGAAGCUGCGUCUUGCCAUCGAGGAGCACCGGGAACCCUCUAUAUGUCCGUACCCCAAGAUGUGCCUGGUGACGCACACGUGGGUGUGCGGCGAGUGGCUGUCCAGCCUGGGCCUGUCCGCGCACGCGGACAACUUCCGCGCGCAGCUCGUGGACGGCCGAGUCCUGGACACUCUGAGUCGGCGAGACCUCGAGAAGCGCCUAGGGAUGGCCAACCGACACGAGCAGACGUCGCUCCUGCGAGGCGUGCAGCUCCUGCGCGCCCUGCGGUUCGACCUGCGCGCGCUAGCGCACAGGAGGGCGCACUGCCGGCACCUGGACGUGGACCCCCUGGUGUGGACCAACCAGCGAUUCAUCCAGUGGGCCCGGUCCAUCGACCUCGGGGAGUACGCGGAAAACCUGCGCGACAGCGGCGUACACGGCGCCCUCGUCGUGCUGGAGCCUUCGUUCACGGCCGACACGAUGGCCCAGGCGCUGGGCAUUCCCGUCUCCAAGAACAUCAUCCGGCGGCACCUCACCACUGAGCUCGAGAACCUCGUGCAGCCGGCCAGGAUGUCCCUGGAGGCGGAGGCCGUGGUCGAGAGCAAGCGUAGUAGCGGCGAGCGGCUGUCCUCUGCGACGGGAUCCCUGGGCCGGAGCUUCGGACGCUCCCGGGCACGCUCCUCCGAGAGGGGAGCCUCGGACAAGAGACGCUCCAGCAUACGGGACUCCCUGGGCCGCGUGCUGGGCUUCAACUCGCUUCCGAAACCUAGCACGAGUGGUCUGGGCUCCUACAAGCGUGACGACGACGACGUCAUCGAUGGUAAUGUCGAAGCCUCCUCCGGCGCCACGAGUCUUUAGACCCAGCACGCCUCAGCCGCAACCACGACCGCCCCAACCGCAGCAGCACCGGCGGGUGUUCUCCCAAGGAACCAUCGAAACGCUCACUGUGACGCCGGUGUAAAGGACGUCGACGACGCCGUGUGUGUACUGUGUUGUGACAAAGACUCGCCAAGACAGGACUUGAGAGCGUAUAUUCAGGAACGUAGUUGUAGUGUUUAGGGUUCUCUAUAGAGCAACCAUCCUAGGCCUAUCCGGGGACGCGAGGCUCACGUCGUUCGCAAAUGCCUGCGAAGGAACGUGCAAGAAAAGGACGCAGUCCGAUCCCAGCUACGUCGUCGUCUGAAAGAAAAAAAAAUGAAGGGCUCGAAGAUGAGUAAACGCUGAAGGCAAGCGCGACGCUAAAGUACUAUUCGAAGCAUUAGCCAUGAAGAUACAAGUUAACUUAUGGAUCGAGUGUCUUCCUAGGUUCUAAUACGGCAAGACGUUUGCCGUUAUUCCACACUUCGUGUUGUAGCAUGUUUGACUGGAGCAAGGAAAUGCAAAUCUGAAGGAACGAAUGCACAAUUCCUGUUGUUAUAUUUUCUUUUUCUUCUCUUAUCCCGGAAGUUCGUGCUAAGCUUUCCAACUCAAAGUGGCGAAUUGUGAAGCUAGAAAAGCACAGCUAAAUUGCUGCUCAAGUGAUCACAGCGGAACGCCUGCUCCUCGACAAAAAGAAAAAUGUGAACAUUGUGCCACAACAUUGCAAACGUCUCUUGCAUUUAUCACCUCGGGAAAAAAGGCGACGAAAUAUCAGGGCAUAUGAGUGUAUACGUCUUUACGCCUCUGGGCCCACCUGACCAAUUACACUCGCAUCCGUUGUUCAGCAUGCAUUUAGUAAAUUUAUCUUGCAGUAGAAAACAACCUUUGCGCACACUUUAACGGUCAGGUUCACAGUUACUCUUAUAGCAGACACGCGAGUUGUAGAGUAACAGCUCGGGGGCGUUUAAACUGCGGCUGCCAGCAGAGAUAGUGUCAGACCACUAGACAGACGUGUAGAAUCUAGUGUUGAAAGGAAUCAGCGCCACUUGAAACCAACCGGUGGCUGCAAGGCCUCACCUCUGCCACGAGAAAAACGUUCACGUAUGUCACACGCUGAUGCGGUCCCCUCUACAAUGGACCACACUGGUGUGCCCACAGUGAUAACACCAUACCUUCUAUAAUGUAGUCUUUGCUUCCCUAUUCUUCCUGGGAAGAGGCACGUUCUCAGUAUCCCUGAAGCCGCAGAGCAAGUGAUGUCUUAUUUGGCACCGAAGCCUGUGCGAAGUGCAAGGGCAGGCAGUUGCACUGUACCCACGCAGAAGAAAGUUUGGGAAAGGUUCGUGGGAGACGUCUGUCUUGCUCGAAACAUUUUGUUUUUCUUUUUUUUUACCAUUCAUUUGAAGAAUCCUAUUACAGAAAUGAUAGUACCAUUACUUAUGUCGAGGAGGUAGGCUGAUAAUGUCCUACCUUUCAAAUAAACUGGCGUUCUGUCGUGGAAAGCGAACAUGGUAAGCGAAAUUCAUCCUCCGCGACAGUACGGGGCAUCGCACUUGACGCAUGCAUACUUUUCUGGUUGUUGGACCGCGUCGUUGCAAGAAGCCGGUCAACUUUGCCACGGCGUUUACUGGCUAGAUUCCGCGCAUUUUCGCGUCGACGUGCUGACAAGUUAACGUCGCCAUUCCCAUUGGUUGUGAAAAAAAAGAAAGAAGUACGAGAACGGAACUAACGGAAACGUGUUCGGUGAAACGUGCGGCGCUUUUUUCCGACGGAGAACUUCCUCGAGCCCGAGCGAGUGUCCACACUUACCACCAAUUUUUUUUUUUCUUUCAAUCACGUGCUUCGAGGUCCACAUGCCUAUUCUAGCAUUCCCUGAGCGGCUAAGCGGAAGAAACCACAGGACACUGAUUCCGUUUGGAACCUGUUGUUGCGACCUGGUGCACGUUGUGCGUAUAUUGCUCCCCUGUAUAGUGCGUGUGUACGUGUUUGUGGUGACGGAUCGCGAUUCUUGCUCAAGGUCGUCGGCGUCGCAUGGAGCGCAACUCGUUUACGGACCUGGCACGAUGACUUCCAACGUUCGUCAAAGUUCAGCAGCACACUCCGGCUGUGCUCUCUCGCUGUCUUCUCUGGGUGGCAGUAUUCGAUGUCGAUAGUGUGUGUCAUCCUUGCCGUUUAAUUACUCUCGUGGAAGUGGAAAUGUGCUGCGUGUAAAACGUGUUUGCGUCAGUGCUCACUUGGCUGUGAACAUUCUAUAGUGUGCUCUAAGAAACAAAGGAGGUGCUGUUAGCUUCUGUUGGCGGAUUAACUGGUUGUCCCAUAUACUUACAACUCCAUCUCCGGUUAGAUGUCGUGCAUCCCAGACCAACGAAAAGUCCCAACUAUAGACAACGUUCCACCCUGAUGUACGACAGAACCCAUACAUGCUACGUGCAUCUGGGAUCACUACAUCCAUACGCCCAUAACCAUACGCCCCUCCCACCAGAAUUUCUCCUAUCCCCCGGACGCCAUUAUGCUGACAUACCAAUACUCCAAAUAAACAUUAUCGCCUUUUGGGGCUUAUCUUGUUACUAAACAGCAAUAUUCGUCUUUGUUGUGAGCAUUUCCGUUCUUUAACGUUCAGCGCCCGCUACAUUUCUGUCGAGAACGCCGUGUCACGCUGAUACGCCAAUGGCGCGCGUGACCUGAAAUACACGGCGCGUUGCGUUAAAGAAAUGAACGGCGCACAUGAUGGAUGGCGGCUGUUGUUCGGGGACAAUAUAAGCUUCAAAGGGUGCAAACUUUUUCUCAGAGUGAACGAAUCCUGAGGGAAUGCAUCUAGGCCUGCAUGCGGAUCACGCCAGUGAGCCUAUGGUCUGAGGGUUCCUCGACGUAACAAUUGUUUAUAUCUAUGCCCAAACGAAGUGCGUUAACUGUUCCAAUAUGGCCCGUUCGUUCUGCUCGCAGCUGAGCUACGUGAGCGCACUACAUAGGAGAGUACGAGGACCUCCAGGAUAGACUUAAAAGUGGGACGAACACUAACGCCCACAAAGGAGUCGCCUGCACUACCGUCUUUCCUGAGUCUACCUAAGUCUAAUGGUGCGCUGACACAAAAAUGUUGGAUCUUGUCCUUUCUGGUGUAAUAAGCAACUAACGACCCAGUAAUCACGCCAUGAAACCUCAUCUGCUUCAGCGCGCGACGGGGAAUAAAUUGGAGUCCCUGUUUAUAGCGACCAGUCCAAGUUCUGAUUUGAGAGAGCAACUAGAGAGACGUAACUUGAUGGGAUGUUUUGCUGGCAACGAUUGUUUGAGCUGGCAGCGUGAUUGCACAAAACUGCGCCUGGCGCGUGCGAUUCAUUGUUGGUAAUUGUGUUGCUCCAUCUGGGUACAAUGCGCCGCGCAAUGCCCUCAUCGUCGUCCUCAUGUCGUCGUCCAGAGGCGAAUACUUUCUGCAGACGGGAGUCGCUGCCAUAAUAAUUGUUACCAAGGCACACUGAAACCAACCGCCUUUGCCACGUGGCAAAGCUCCCUGAAUUGCUGCUUUGCUUUCAGCAGCUGCCGAUAGGCGGUGACACAAGUCUACACUAUAGCGCCGCCUUGGCAACAGCUGGCUUCCUCACAGACGAGCAAAUUCGCAUUUGUUGUUAAACCAGGGAAGUAAUAGUACAAACUGUUAUAUUGAACCAACCGGACAAUAAAAUGCGAUCUUCCUGCAAAUUUUCAAUAUGAACGAAGCAGAGGUAAGCGUAAAGUGAUUUCUAAUGUGUAAGCGUUCGUUUGCGAGUACCCCAGCAAAUUGUGGCCGUCACGCGAAAAGUGAUGACUUUUUAAUGCCUUGUAUCUGCACAAAAAUGCCUAAUUUGCGAAGUUUAAGACAUUCAGCCGUUAUAAUAGUGUAAAUGUAGAUGAUUGGUAGCUUUAUAAGUGAUAAGGAACAAUCUAAAGAAAAAAACUUUAUCAGAGAGAAUAAGCACAGGGACACAUAGGGCUCCGUAGAAAACGCAUGGGGACGCCUACAGUAAGGGUGGGCCAACUUGAAAUUUGGGGGCGGGUCAACUGAAAUUUGGUGUCGUGGCAACUUGAAAUUCGGCUGUAUGCUUACGCAUACUUAGACAACUCCAGUGGAGCUUCUGCAUACUUUCUUUUUAUACGCAUUUAAGGGAAAUACGCAUGAGUACGACGCGGAAAGUGUUCCACCAUGCACGAGUGACAUCUGAGGAAGACUGGCACCGCAGCCUGCGUAGCGUCACAGCACCGUAGUAAGUGUAGUCCCGGUUCAGAGACGGGGGGGGGGGGGGGGGGGGGGGAGCAAAAUUGUAAUAAGGACUCGUGACGUAACGUUGUUGUUGCUUAUGCCUCAAAUAUUCACAAGACAUCCCACAUUGAUGACAAUGUCGCGGGUCCUGCACAUUGCGGUUGACUGCCCGCACGUAUUUUUAGAAAUUGCGUUUAAAUAUGUUUCAAGCUACACUCGCUAUUGAUAUUUUGUAGAUGUUGGCGUGUCCACAGAAAUGGAUCUCGCAAGUUAUUUCGACUUCGAAAUUUUUGUGUCAGUACUCCUUUAAGAGCAAAAGGAGUAUUGGCAACUUGAGAGUUACACCUUGUCCUCGUACUCUCCGACGUAGCACGUUUGCACCGACUGAGCGCAAGCAGAGUAAACAUACUCCAUUCGGGGAGUACAAGAAAUCGUGAAAGUUGGAGUUAAAUGUGGCGCUUUCGCGUAAUAGGAGUUAGCAGCACGGCAUAAUCUUAAGAGCGCUCGGCGAGUCGUUUGGGGCAGCUCACUUAGUGUCAGUUUUCAGUUUUAGCAUCAAUUUCUUUUCCCUGAGCAUGUGCGAGGUGCUGAAUGUAUUCGUUAAUUAUUUUUUUUUCCCGCGUGAUGGGUGUUGUCUCGUCUUAUGUGUAAUUUAUGCUGCAUCGUUUUGUUCUGUGACGUUUUAUUUUCUGCAUAUUUCUAGAAAAAAACAAACAGAAAAAUAGGGGGUAAUUCGUUCGGUUACCGCAUAAGACCAAUGUGUGCAAAACAUAAAUUAGGAAAAUUGUCCCUGUUGGAGGUUUGCAGCACUUCUCUUUGUUAUGUUUAAAACACUGCAACUCCGACAAGUUCUGCUGAAUCUUUCACCUAACACUACCGAAAUACAGAUAUAACAAUCUUAUUUCUUUUCAAAAUUCUGUAUUUUAUCUGUAUCAGUAAAAGUUGGCGUCGUUAGCAUACCUGUUAAUAAAGCUCGUUCCAAGACCGGCAGGUGGUAAAGCUAUCUAGUAAAUACGGUGUAUAAUUUUAAAAAUCUCUGAAAUAACAAAGCACCGCCUGCAGAACUAUUUGCAAGGAAGUCUUGUGAUAACUCUAAGUUAUUUCCCAACUGAUGCUUAUAGCUUCUCGCUGCUUACAGUAAUUUAGCAUCACGAUAUGUGCCGCUUCCUUACAUAUAAAUUAUGUGUUGUAUAGAUAUUAUACAUAUACAAAUAUAUAUUUAUAAGAAUACAAAUAAUAUUAAAAGCCAUAGCUGUACCAAUUUUAUUAGUCUUUCUGUUGUAUAUUUUUCCUGCCGGUUGCUGAAAUAUUGUAAGCUGGUUCAAUUAAUGAGCAGUUUUAAUUUAGUGACCAAUAAAUUCGGCGAAAAAAAUCUACUUAGACACCCAGCGUCUUCGGGUUAGUGAAAGACAAUUAGGCAAACCACCUGUAUGUCUAUAGCCUAACCUGUUGAUAGUUUAAUCUGUCUGCACAUUAAACUAUUCCCGGCACGCCAAACGAGGUGACAUAUAACAUCUGCGAGGUGCAUCUCCACGAAAGGGGCGAAAGCAUCGCAAAACAGAAAAUAAAGUCUACGUUACGUAAAACAUGAGAUCAUCUACAGCCGGCACUGCUAUUUUCCCCCACAGGGGCUGUUCGAAUGCGUUCAUUUGUUCUGUAGAUAACUCAAAGUUUCACAUUAGCUUCUCAAGUAAGACGGCAGCGCCCUCGGGGGAUCCAAACUGUAAGUUCUGGCUGACGUAUAUAGGCGAUUCUGCGACGUAAUUCGUCAGUCAUAUUCUAGAUGUAUGAGCGAGAUAUGUAUGUACAGAAGAUAGCGGAAAUAAUUAUGAAACCAGCGCGCGCACCGUGCCAAAAAUGUAUAAAGGCUUCCGAUUAUACCUGCAACGGAUAGAGGAUGAAUACGUUGAUUGUCCAUAGUGUGCAUUUUAGUUCACUAGCAAAGUGGCCUCGCAAUGCAACGAUGCACUUAUUAUUGUAUCUGAUAUGUGAUACCGAGCAAUGCACAUGAACGCGCGAUGGUUUCGUUGGCGUAUAUAUGGUAUAGGGCUCACUCGCAGUAGUUUACUGAUACGAUGUUGUUUAUAACAAGGCGAGAUACCAGUUGUUAGUAUAAGAUAUUCGUUUAACUGCAGAUUCUGUUAUUACACCUUGAAAAGCCAAAAAGCAUUUAUGGCGAGCAUGUAUACAUUUUCGCGUCGUCAUCUUGCAAGAGGUAAACGAUCUGAAGUAUUCGUGAUGUUGUGGAAAUAGUGACCGUCGUGCGCAUGACGUUCGUGGGCAACUAAUCUGCAUUUAAUUGCAAACUGCGGAAAGUGAGAGUACAUUUUAUAAGGAAAUCGUCGAGCUAUAGGACUUGUAUAUUCCAUGAACUUAGGUAUAGCGAUAGGGCGCGUUUUUUUGUGCGUGUGGGACAUUUGAAGCUUGAAUGCGCGGCUAUCGCUUGUAGUGUCUACAGAGGCUGCAUGUAUACCAUAUCUACCGAUGGCUUCCGUCUGGUAUCUGCAUGUACGCGCGGUGAUGUUGAAUCAGAAUCUCAUUCCGGCGUCGACUGGAAGACGCAGUGGUCUUGUUUUCGUAGCACAAAUUCCCUCAUUAAAUCCGCGUGCUAGCUGUUUUAAAGCUUUCUCUCUUUUUUUUUUUUUUUUUGAUUCAACAAGAUUUCCUGACUGCAAUCGUUCAGUGCAUGGUGCGCAAACAUAAUCGGCUCAUUUUUUUUUUUUCUUUCAGGCAGCUGGGCAAGUGAUCCGCACUUUGAAUCAAAUCUUUACAGUAUGCCACGAAUUCACAUCUCACUCUAUGCGUUUUCUUUUCCGAGCGGUAACAGCGUCAACUAACACUGCCGGCGUAUUGUCUUUGACCAUUUACAAGUUAUUAGAUCCGCCUUCAGACUAUAGCAAGUGUCGCACCUUCGGCUCGAGAAACAUCAAAGUCCUGAAUGUUGCAAAACCGCAAUGCAUGAGCCUUAAAGGUAUACCAUGUCGUAGAACUUUCCUUCGUGCAUCCUCCCUUGCUGCCCGAUUUCACCACCCAUACAAAACUGUGAACAGUAGAAAAAAAUACGGCCAUGUGUGCGCGUCGUUUAUUGCGCAGAAUGGCAGGCUUGCUUUGUGAAAUCGAAACCGCGGGCACCGAAACUGCUCCAAUGCACCGAGGAGUCUCUCGAAAGCUGGCCUUUAUUUUUCUUUUAACCGAUGUAGUUGCGCAAAGUACCACAAGCGUCGUGCUGCUUUUAGUCGCUGUUCCGGUGGGACAACUAGCUGCAGCAGCUGGAUGAUGCGGGGACCCCAUUCAGCGCGCUAUAGACCUUGUUUUAAUAAUGCAAAAGAUACUAUCUGGUCUGAUCUCCAAGCGCGAACUGUAAGCGUGAUCUUGCUAUACUCGUUUCACGCCUAUGCUGUAAGCGCGAGCCAGCUGCGAUUCCUCGGACAGGGAACACAUUUGACUGGGUGUCUUGCGAUGGAUCAGACUUUCUGUGUGCGAUGGUCCAAACUGACAAUAUUAGCGCUUCGAUUAUACAGCUUCGUUUACGAAAAGUUGUUCAACUUUUCUCCUAACAGAAAGGACUCGGUAAUUUCAUAAACUGGAAAAACAGCCUCGUGUGCUUCUAAGCGAUACCAUCGCGUCCGAGCCCUUCAACGGGCUGGAAUUGUGGUUGCUAACAACUCAGAUAUGAUGAGUCUUCCCUGCCGCGGAACGCAAGACUGCCACGCGUGUUUCAUCUGUGGAUGAUACUCUUGCUGUGUGUAUUGUUGACCAUUUAGUACACGGGUGCAGAUGUAUUCUAUAUAUAUGUACAUGUGCGUAAACGUGCAUAUCAGCCUGACUACCGGAGCACGCGUUCAGUACGGUUGUACACCACUUGUUGGCUCUCGUGGAUCAUAUAUGUUGACUGUUGAAAAGGAUUAAUAUAGGCAGUGAGAAACAGUGCCCAGAUGUCCGGUGCUAUGCAUACCGAUUUAAAAGAGAAGAAGAAGCUGUAUACGAGCUGUGUUACGGGACACAUCUCGCUCGCGCCAGUAUGCGCGGAAUAAAUGUGUUGAAGCGUC